AUGAUGAUUUUGAAUAUAAAUUUGGAAGGGAAUGGUAAUAUGGGAGAUUUCCCAGAAAACAGAAACGUUGAAGUCUAAAAAAGUUAGUUUCUUACCGAAAAAAGUCCAAGCUUCGUUAUGAACUGAUCAAGGAAUACCGAGAGAAACUGACCAUUUUAGAUGCGGAAAAUGUUUUAUGUAAUUUGGGACAAAAUGAGCCAAAUCUCAAGACCAAGAGGAGAAAAGGCCUAUGCAACACUGUUAAAUCGAGAAGAGGACCUUCAAUUUUUCUCUUUGAAGAUAGCUUGAGCUGUUUUGCGUUCGUUCCUUAGCUGACAUUGGAUGGCUCACUCUUUUUUAGACUGUUACGUCAAUACGAGCUUGAUGGCGACCUUGUUUUUCUUUGAUACAACACGACCCUUUCUUCCAACCGUCGUCAGCGCAAGUCCUUCGAGUUGCAGACAACAUGAUCAGAGUCUUUGAAUAUGACAGCCAUUUGAUCAAAAUUGUGUCCGAGCAAACGGUUCAUUCAAAUGAACUGUUAACUUGUAGUCAUGUACUAUUUUUGAUAAACAUCAUAAAUUUUUGAUGUGCGCCUCCGCGACUACGAUAUUGUUUUUAUGUGUCGCGACACAUCAAAACAACAUCGAGAAAAGUUUAACGUGAACUAAGUUGCACUCUAUUUGCCACCCAACGAGCUCCAGCUCUCUCAACCGGCCACAGGACUCCGUGUCAAAGGUUAACCUACAAAAAUUCAAUUGUGAAGCGUAGUUUUUUCUGGUGGAGAAAUUUGAAUGUAAUUUGAAGCUACUGAGAAAGCAAAAAUCACUCCAGAGGCUUUGCGAACGGUUAAGUACUUUUUUAUAAUAACGAUUUUUCCUCAAUUCCAGACAUCCGUUUUAUGAUUUGAAAAAAACUUCCUCAACUUCUGAUAACUUCCAGACCGCACAUCAAGUGAGUAGCUCUCUAAAAAUCCCUUGGGAGACUAUUUUUUCUUUUAUUCUUUAUUACUGUAAGUUUUUUGUUGCAUUAGUUAAAGGACCCCACCAACUACAUUUGAAUCGAGUUUUUACGGCUUGGAGGUGCGCCUCGCCAAAAGUUGCGAAAAUCCCGCGAAAAAAAUAAAUACAAAAAAUAAUCGAGAAUUUUUCUCGAAAAUACAAAAUUGAAGAAAGUUUGAGCUAGUUCAUGUUCCAAAGUUGCUGAAAACGCUUCUUGUUCACGUGGAUCCUGCCGACACUCAUUCGGAUGCUCUUGGGGAAAGUCUCAUGUAAGUUCUUCUUGGGUUUUGCAUGGUUUUUCACGUUUAGGUAGGAGUGAAGUAUCUUGCACAAUAUUUCGGCUUUUCUUUUGAAAAACGGCUCGAACGAAAUGUUGAGGAGCAAGUUUUGGACUCAAGGCUUGUGUGUAUUCCAUUUUCUUGCCUUGUUAUUGCUGUGUUUGCCCAUUUAGAGAUAUUUUAUAUUAUUUUAGUCAAGUCUUUCAAUUUCAGAGUUGUUCAAUCGCCGAGAACGCGAUGCAUGAAGAAGAAUUCUCUUCAUUCAAAUUCCUUGGCAACAAGAUUCGAGUCAGGGACGUUAUCUAUGGGAUAUUCAUGUAAGAUAAUGUGUUAUUUACUUUUUUGCUAAAAUUUUCGGUACGUAAUUUCUCAGCCCCUAUGCAUUUAGUUUCAGACUGGGACUUGUCUUCGCGAAUCAAUGGCUCUGCGAGGGAAACGACGGGUUGUACACCAGCAUAUUGA